AUGUUAUGCUUAUUGUUUUUGUUGUUUACUUUGCAACUGAUACAAGCAGAUUCUAAGGCGGAUAGUGAAUCAAUGGAAUUUGACGCCGAUGAAGACCAGUCACAAGAUGGCCGCCGGCGACACCACGGGAAGAAUCCGCUUCGAAUUCGGAACGACUACGCUCUUCGUCUGGAUCAGAAGCCAAAUCUCCGUAUAAGAGGAGGAAACACAACAGAUACUCUGAACUAUCCUUAUAUGGCUGCUAUAAUCAUUAAUGGCAGAAUGUGGUGCGCUGGAGCUAUCGUUGAUGAGAACUGGGUGAUUACUGCUGCCCAUUGUUUAAAUUAUGUCCUACACGUCUCGCCUAUCAAAUCCUUAGGAAAAUACAUCAAAAUCAGAGUAGGAAGCUCCAAACCUCACGAAGGAGGUCAACUAGUAGACGUGGUAGGAGCCGUGAGGCAUCCCAAAUUCGAAGAGGAGCCAGUGCCUCAUGCCGACGUGGCAUUGCUGAAACUAGCAGAGAAUCUGGAAUUUAAUAAAUACGUUCACCUUAUUAAGAUUUACGAUGGAAUAAAGGAACCGUUCGCUCAAAGUUUUAUCGUCGUGUCUGGCUGGGGUGCUCUUAGAGGCUCCGACACAGCCUUCAGAGACCACACUCCGGACCUCCUCACGGCGCGGCUGAAGGUGCGCACUCAGCACUACUGCAUCGAUGCGUACCAACUCGUCAACGGCUUCCAGUUCACUGAAGACUUCUUCUGCGCUUCUUUGAGGAACGGCACCAGAGAUGUUUGCUUGUUCGACGCAGGCGCCCCAGCAGUACAACAAAACUACCUGAUGGGGAUCAUGAGUUUUGGUCCAGAACGAUGCGGACAUGAGUACCAACCGGCGGUCUUCAUCAAAGCCUUUUACUUCAGGGACUUCGUAAAAUCGACAAUAGCCGCGUACAAGUCAACGGCGGACCUGCUCGCGGCCAUGCAGAGCGUGGACCCGGGCGAGGACGUAAGGCACCAGCGGCUGCAGUACGUAGCUCAGGAAAUGAAUGAAGUCACACUGCCUGACACCAAGCACGACUGA